AUGGCGCCAGGGAGCCACCAUGACGCCGCAGAGGCGCUCAGGACGAGGCUUGAGCAAAUCGAGUUACAGACCUCGCAACCCGCGCCUACUUCGCCCAGUGUCCCGCAAAUCUCCCUGCCAGAGCCUCGCGAGCCGUCUUCUCGCAGCGGUACAAACACGCCCACGAGACCAUCCCUGAGCUCGCCCCCAACUCUCGCCAGUGGUCUUCCUCGAGCUCGUCACUCCUUGGACAGCAGCAGUUCACGACGACCGCCACCAGCGCUUAGAGUCAGAACAGGACUGUACAAAAUCGAAUCAUCGCAACAACUCGGCCCGUCACCAACACAGCUCGCGCAGGAAAACAGCACCCUCUCCCCUCCGCUACCACCAGGGCGAAUCUCCACCAGCUCCCAAAGUGCCUACCGAGCCCCUACCGUCUCGCGCAUAGAAGAGUCAAGGAUCUCCCUCACCCGCCCCCGCCAAACAUUUGACGAAAGGCGCAACACCGACGUCCAGCAGCUGGCCUUGGACAACAGCAACAACAACGACGAUAACAACAACAACACCUCGAACAAUAUGGCUCCCGCAACCUCAGCCACACCCGACGACGACGACGACGACGACGGAGAACCCCGAACAAGCUACACUUCCGUCCCUUUAAACUGGCUCUCCCGCCAAAAAGCCCGCCACCGACAAACAACCCGUAAACAAUGGCACUCGUUCAAAAAAUUCGCAGCCCCUUAUUACAAGAAAUACGUCCUCGAAACCCUCCUCCGCCAGAAACCUAUCCCUCCGAGCAAAGACGGUCGCCACAUUUUGCUGUCCCCGGGAAGAGCAAGGAGGAAACCGUUCAAGGAUGAGAGAACGGGGAAGCCAUAUGUGUCCAACGCGAUUAGAUCGAGCAGGUACACCAUUUGGAGCUUCUUGCCGAAGCAGUUGUUUUUCCAGUUUAAGAAGCUGGCGAACUUCUACUUUUUGGUGAUUGGUACUCUGCAGAUGGUGCCGGGUCUGUCGACGACGGGGACGUACACGACUAUUGGGCCGUUGUUGGCUUUUGUGGCUUUGAGCAUGGCGAAGGAAGGGUGGGAUGAUUAUAGGAGGUACAAGCUUGACGUGAGGGAGAAUAGGAGCGGGGCUUGGGUCUUGGAUCCCGAGGCGGCGGCUGGGGGAGGGCAAGGGAGGAAGGGGAGAUUACCGGGCGGUUUGGUUAGGAGGGGCAAGAAGACGGAGGGGAAGGAGGGGGAGAUGACUGUGCUUGAGCUGAAGGGGACGGAGAGUGAAGGGGGGGUGGUGGAGGAGAAGCCGAGUCAGUGGGUGAGGACGGAGUGGCAGGAUAUCAGGGUGGGAGAUGUGAUUCGGUUGGAGAGGGAUGAUGCGGUGCCGGCGGAUAUUGUGCUUUUGCAUGCGACGAACGAGAACGGGAUUGCGUAUAUUGAGACCAUGGCGUUGGAUGGGGAGACGAACUUGAAGAGCAAGCAGGCGAGCCCGUUGCUGGCGAAGCAUUGCGCUUCGGUGGCGGGGAUGGGCGCGGUGGAGGCCGAGGUCGUGUCGGAGGAUCCGAACAUUGACCUUUAUAAUUAUGAGGGGAGGGUGACGGUGGGUGGGGAGACGAGGCCGUUGACGUUGAAUGAGGUUGUGUAUAGGGGUUCGACGCUCAGGAAUACCAAAGAGGCGACGGGGCUGGUGAUUAAUACCGGGGAGGAGUGCAAGAUUAGGAUGAACGCCAACAAGAAUGUUAGGGCGAAGGCGCCAAAGAUGCAGCGGUCGUUGAAUCGGAUUGUGCUGCUUUUGGUGGUCUUUGUUUUUGUUCUUGCGGGCGGUCUGACGGCUGGGUAUACCAUGUGGAGGAGGGACGAGGAGUGGAGGGCUUUCUAUCUCUCCGGAGAGACAGUUCAGCUGAGCCACGUCUUCAUCUCGAUGCUGAUUGCGCUCAACACGUUGAUUCCGCUGUCGAUGUACGUCUCGCUGGAGUUGGUGAAGCUGGGUCAGCUUCUGCUGCUUCAUGAUGUUGAGAUGUACGACGAGGUCAACGACACACCCGCGAAAUUCAACACCACGACCAUUUUGGAAGAUCUGGGGUGUGUGGGCUAUGUCUUUUCCGACAAGACGGGCACUCUGACUGAGAAUCUGAUGCAGUUCCGCAAGAUGAGUGUGGCGGGCACAGCAUGGCUGCACGACAUGGACGUGUCCUAUGUUGCUCCUGAAGGCGGCCGCCCUUCCAUAUCUGGACGACCCUCCAUGUCCCAGCGGCCUUCCUUUUCUGGUUGGAAGUCGUCUGUUCGCCCGACAAAUGCUCAGCCUGAGCUGAGGACGGACGAGAUGAUUGACUACAUUCAGAAGAAGCCCAACACGCCCUUUUCCCGCCAAGCCCGGCAGUUCAUCCUUUGUUUGGCUCUUUGCCACACUUGUCUUCCCGAGGAGGACGAGAACGGCAAGAUUGAUUAUCAGGCUGCGUCUCCCGACGAGUUGGCUUUGGUGAGGGCUGCUGCACAGCUUGGAUACAUUGUCGUCAAAAGAACCACGGAAUCUGUCACUGUUAGAAUGGAGCACGGGACUGGCGCGGACACUGAAGAGACUUGCCAGAUCCUGGACGUGAUUGAGUUCAGCAGCAAGCGGAAGCGCAUGUCGAUUGUUCUUCGCAUGCCGGAUGGCAGGAUUUGUGUCUUUACCAAGGGUGCCGACAGUGUGAUCCUGCCUCGGCUGAAGCAGAGGACUCUUGCUAUGCAGACUGCUACUGCUGUUGAGCGCAGGGCCAGCAUGCGAAAGAGUGUCGAGCAAGAGAAGGCUUUUCAGCGACGUGCUAGUUUGCAGACCCCGGCAGCGGCACAGCGUCGCAGCAUGGAUCUCAUGCGGAGAUCGCUUGCCUUGGACAGGAAGAGCAGUUGGCGAAAGUCGAUGGUUUCUGAAGGUCUUGACAACUGGCUUGCUCGGCGUGAAGCUGAUGGCUUGGAUGCGCCGGGUAAUGAAGAGGCCUAUCAGACUCCGCGCCAGUCCAUGGCGCGAAACAGGUCUUUGGAGCUUGCUCGGUUAGCUGCGUUUGAUCCUUUGGAUGGGAUGGUCGACGAGCAACUUGCUGUGAACGAGGGUGCCGUUUUUGAGCGGUGCUUUCAGCAUGUUGAUGACUUUGCUACCGAAGGCCUGCGGACCCUGAUGUACUCUUACCGCUACUUGGAAGAGGAUGAGUACAAGGCGUGGAAAGAGAUCUAUCUCGAGGCUACCACCAGUCUUGUCAAUCGCCAGGAACAAAUCGAGAAUGCCGCCGAGAUUAUCGAGCAGGAUUACGAGCUGGCCGGUGCGACCGCGAUUGAAGACAAGCUCCAGCAGGGUGUCCCCGAGACUAUCGACAAGCUCCGCCGAGCCAACAUCAAAGUCUGGAUGUUGACUGGUGACAAGCGCGAGACUGCCAUCAACAUUGCCCACUCGGCCAGAAUUUGCAAGCCCUUCUCUGAGGUUUACAUUCUCGACGUCAGCCAUGGCGACCUGCAGGACCGUAUUAAUGCUACUUUGACUGAUGUCAGUCGAGGCAUGGCUCCUCAUUCAGUGGUGGUCAUUGAUGGACAGACCUUGACCAUAGUCGACGACGACCCCCAACUUCGUCUGCUCUUCUUCGACCUUGUUGCCCGCGUAGACUCGGUCAUCUGCUGCCGCGCCUCACCCUCUCAGAAAGCUAAUCUGGUCAAAUGCAUUCGCCGCCAAGUUCCCUCAGCAGUGACCCUCGCCAUCGGAGACGGCGCCAAUGACGUGGCCAUGCUUCAAUGCGCCCAUCUCGGCAUCGGCAUCAACGGCCGCGAAGGUACCCAAGCCGCCCGCAUCUCUGAUUACUCGAUUGGCCAAUUCCGCUUCUUGUCACGCCUGCUGUUUGUCCACGGCCGCUGGUGCUACGCCCGCACGGGAAAGUACAUUUUGGCCACCUUUUGGAAAGAAAUCGUCUUUUACCUCAUCCAGGCUCAAUACCAGCACUACAACGGCUAUACCGGCACCUCCAUCUUCGAGUCCACCUCCCUCGCCGUCUUCAACACACUGUUCACCUCUCUCUGCGUCAUCCUCCCCGGCAUUCUCGAAACGGACCUCUCGGCUGAAACCCUGUUGGCCGUUCCAGAACUCUACUCCUUUGGUCAGAAAUCUCAGGGUUUCAAUUUCAAGCUCUGGCUGUACUGGAUGGUGUUGGGAAUAACGGAAUCAGUCAUCAUCUUCAACUGCGUUUACUACCUCUAUACUCUCGCGCCCUACCCAGUCGAGACAGACCUCUACUCGGUCGGCACGCUGGCUUUCUCCCUGGCGGUGGUGUUUAUCAACCUCAAGCUCUUUUUGCGAGUGAGGAACAGGAACGUAAUAAUCUUUGUCGGGUUGUUUCUCUCCAUCUUUGGGUGGUGGCUGUGGAACAUCUUGUUGGCGGUUAUCUUUAAGCCGUCGCUCGGUCCUUACAUUGUCGGUGAUAACUUCUUGACGGGGUACGGAAAGGAGGGGUACUGGUGGAUUGUUCACUUUCUUGCUCUGUCUGCGCUAUGCGUUUUUGAGCUGGGGGUUGCGGCGGUGAAGAGGACAUUUUGGCCGACGGAUCAGGAUCUGGCGCAGGAGAUGGAGGCGAUGGAGGGUGUGAUGGAGGUGUUGGGGAUGCACGCUAAUCGGUUGGAGAAGGGGGAGAGUUGCACGGUUGUGGUUGGGGGGAACGCGGAGGAGGGGGAUGAUGAGAGGGAAGGGAGGAAGCCUGGGUUUGGGGAUGUGGCGAGCUUGAAGACUGUGACGAGCGCGAGUUCGCCUGGGCCGGGGUUGGAGAGCGGUGGUGGUGGUGUUGGGGGGGGGUUGACGCCUGGUUGGAGGGGGGGUAAUGGGCAGCAAAGGCCGCCGGGGGUGAGGAAGAUGGCUUCGGCGGAGUUUGGGAGGGCGAGCAUGAGCCGGUUGAGUAGGCAGUUUACGCCGCCGGUGGAGGAGAGGGAGAAUCCGAUUGAUGAGUUUAUGAGUAAGCAGGAGCGGCAACAGGGGGUGAAGAAGUGA